UUUAACAUUUUUUACUCUAAGCAUUAUUUAUUUGUUUUUAAUCCCAAUUUUUGUUUAUCCUGUAAAAAGCCUUGUACAGAUAUUUUUGCAUAUGUAUAUAUGUAGAUAGUUUUGCUUAAAAUGCACGAAGUUGCUUGGGAAAACAAUAAUGAUAUUUUUUCUCCUGUACAGGAUUCGAAUUCUAACAAAACAAACUCAACAAAUAGAUCGCAAGAUGAUGCUAUGGUGCGUUAUUUUUUUCAACGACCUCAAAAUAAUCCAGAGAAUAAUUUAAUGAAACAAAAAUGGGCCUUGGGAGAUGAUAGCAUAUUACAUCAACCCCGAAAUUUACCCGUCCCCGAUUUUGAAAAUGAGUUUCAAGCACUUGCACUAGAAACGAAAAUUCAAAUAUCCCAAACUGCUAAAAAAAUAUGGGGCGAAAAUUCAAAUGAUGCGGUGAACAAUGAAAAUAUAGUGAAUGAGAGGUUAGGUAUGAAAUCUAUGCAUAAGAGUAGACUUUAUCAAGAAGGACAUCUUAAACGAUCUGAGGAGAAUAAUAAAAUUAGGGGUGGUAUAUUUUUGGGGACUUCACAUUGGAAUUCAGCAGGACCUUGGAAUUCUCAGCUCAAGUCAUUAGAUAAUACAAACAGAGUUAUAGAUGGAGAAAAUUUAUCAACUUAUAUGAUAAAUGGUAGUUUUGAUCCCAAAUCACAAAAUGCUGAAAAUAGUGGCUUAGAUAUCAGUAUGGUUGAGUAUGUACUUGGUAACGUUGCGGCUAAUCAAGAUUUAGCGCUUUCUUCUAGGCAAUCACCCUUUGAAAAAAUUUCUAAUGGUAUAGUAAAUGUAAGCUCCUAUUCGGGAAAUUUACACAACCACGAUAGAUCUUUUAGCCAUACUUUAUCAACCUCUUCUGAGCUACUAACGAUACAGAAUACCCAUGACAAUACAAUAAACAGUAAUAUUAGUAAUGGUACGAAUGAUUCUAUAAACUCGAAUAAUUACAAUGGCCACAAUUCUUUAUCGCUAUCUAAUAAUGAAAACAGUCCUAUUAGUUAUAGAAGUGUUGGUAGUGGUCUAACAGCUUCUUCUCCCCUCUCCUUACUUUUAGCUAAUGAAGAAUCUACAAAUAACAUUGAUCAACAAAUUCCUAAUCAGAAUAUCAAGCAUCAAAAUAUGUAUUCCCCCAUAAUGAUAAAUAAUAAACAAAAUAUGAGAGAUGUUAUUAAGAAUAGUAACAUUUUACCACGCAAUUGUGAUAACGAAAUCUUAAAACGCGAUAAAGAGAACAGUGAAACGAUUAACAAUCUAUCUUAUAAAAAUAACGAAUCCGAAAGUAGUAUAUCAAUAAAUAACGAUAACAAUAAUACUAACGGGUUUAACGGAGGACCACCACCCAUAAUUACGAAUUCUUUUAUUUCGCCUGUUUUGGCGGCUGUCGCCGCUGGAAUGAUUCCUCAAGGUGUUGAUACGCAAGUGGAUUAUUCAUCACAAUAUCUUUUACAACAACAUCAAAGAGCACAGCAACAACAAUUAUGGCUAGCCCAGCAUCAAUACGCAACGGCCGCAGCUAUAGCUUCACAGCAACAAUCCCAUCAAAUUAAUUCUGGAUUAAUAACUCACCAACAAGUAUUUGGAUUUCAACCAUGGAAUUUUUACUCUCCUGCCUUUCUACAGAAUUAUUUUCAACAACAAUUUUCUUCCCAAAAUAAUGGCAAUCAGCAACAACAACCUUUCCCUAACAACAUAGCUGGAAAUAACAAUUCAAAUGCAAAUAAUCAACAAUAUCCUCAUAUGCAGCAAUUGAUAUAUAAUGCUCUAUCCUCAAAUCCUUGUUUAUAUAUACAGAAUUCUAAUGACAAAUAUACCAGUCCUAAUAAUCAAUAUAACAUUAUUUCUAAUAACUGUAAUAAUAAUUCUAACAAUGUUAACUUUGAUAAUAAUACAUCAUCAAUGCCUUUACCCUUAUUAAAUCCUAAUUUAGAUACGAAAGUCUCAUCAGAGUCUCUUAACACUUCCUUAAAUCAGUUAUCAGCUUUUCAACAAGCAGCUGCUCUAAUGGGGGCAGGAGAAAAUAUUUCAAACCUAUUUGCAGCGCAAUAUCAAAUGAUUUCACCAUCAUACACAAGCAAUCAGAUCCAAAUUCCGACCUCAAAUCAGCCUUGUUUCAAUACCACCUUGGCACAAAAUGAUGUCACUGAGAAUGAAGAUUUACGCCAAAAUCACGGAACCUCAGAUGAAAAAGUUGAGGAAAACGAUAGCAACGCUUGUGAUUCACUGGGCAAUAAUACUUCCAGCGCUGCAGCAGCGGCUGCUGCUUACGCUUACCAUCAAUUUAUGAGCAACUCUGGCACUAACGAUGCCAAUCAAAUCAUUAACAUGGCAGCCAUGGCUGCUGCUUAUUUCCAACAACAUCAUAACAACAAUAUGACGGCACAACAACAGCAGUUGAUGAUGAUGCAAUUGGCAGCCGCGGCUCAAUUACAUCAACAAUCUUCUCUCUCCUCGGCCAACUCCAUAAACAAACAGCAGCAGCUUAACAUGAUAGGAGGCAUGAUGAACAUGCUUAACUUGGGAUCUUCACCCAUACCCCCUCAUCCUAGUCUGUCCAAUGCCAAUAAUAACUCUAAUGCAGUCAUCACUAACAAUCAACCACAACCGAAUUUUUAUCCUGGAAAUAAUCAUUUUAACUCCACUUACUUUAAUGACAAUGUUCAUCAGACCGGUUUAAAUUCUAAUAUCCUUUUAAACUACCCCUUUAAUAACAAUUCUUUGAACAAGGGAGGACGAUUUAUUCCGAAUAAUUUAGACCCUGAUAAUAAAUUUAAAGCUCUUAAUAACAAAACAAAUUCUGGGAAUAUGCCAUUAUGGGUUCGCCAAUCUAAAAGUGAGACACAUUCGCGAGAGAAUUUAAUAAAUCCUAGGAGCAAGUUGUUGGAAGAUUUUAGGAAUAAUCGUUUCGCUAAUUUACAAUUAAAGGAUCUUGCGAGUCAUAUUGUUGAAUUUUCCCAAGACCAACACGGUUCCAGAUUUAUCCAGCAAAAAUUAGAAAGAGCUAUUGCUGCUGAAUCUAUGAUGGUUUUUAAUGAAAUUCUUGGUCAGGCUUAUAACCUUAUGACCGAUGUGUUUGGCAACUACGUGAUUCAAAAAUUUUUUGAGUUUGGCACGAUUGAUCAAAAACAUUCAUUGGCACAAAAGAUAAAAGGUCACGUUUUACCAUUGGCUCUUCAGAUGUAUGGUUGCAGAGUUAUUCAAAAAGCUCUAGAGUCGAUACCCCCCGAAGAUCAGAAUGAAAUUGUGGCAGAAUUGAAUGGUCAUGUUCUUAAAUGCGUUAAGGAUCAAAACGGAAAUCAUGUUGUCCAAAAAUGUAUCGAAUGCAUCAAUCCUAUUUCACUGCAGUUUAUUAUUGACUCUUUUAGAGGACAGGUAUACCUGCUAUCAAUUCAUCCAUAUGGUUGUCGAGUUAUUCAACGAAUCUUAGAACAUUGUUCCUCUAGUCAGGUUAAAUUAAUACUGGAGGAAAUGCACGAGAACAUUGAAAAAUUGGUUCAAGAUCAAUAUGGUAAUUAUGUAAUACAACAUGUUCUUGAACAUGGACAGCUUGACGAUAAAAGCAAAAUUAUACAAUCAUUGCGUGGUAAAAUAGUUCCUCUGAGCCAACAUAAAUUUGCUAGUAAUGUUAUAGAAAAAUGUAUUAUUCAUUCUUCGAGGGUGGAAAAAAUGAUGCUUAUUGAGGAAAUAUGCAAUACAGGCGAAGGGAGCAACUGCGCCCUAUUGAUAAUGAUAAAAGACCAAUUUGCAAAUUAUGUUAUUCAGAAAGUCCUUGAGUUGUCAGAUUGCAAUCAAAAAAAACUUUUGCUUCAUCGGAUUAGGCCCCAUGCUAUUUCGCUUCGCAAAUUUACCUACGGAAAACACGUUCUAACUAAACUCGAUAAAUUUUGCUUAGCUGCUGCUCAUGCAUCUACCCCCUUGACUUCCCUUGAACAUGAUGAUUGUUGUUCUAAUAAUUUAUCAUUGUCACCUUCUUCCAUCAAUUUAGUCUAAUUAUCAUAUACAUAUGAAUUCAGUUUAUUAACUUAAAUUUUUCAACAAUUUAAUUACUAAAUAAUUUAAAAUGGAUAUAUUUUAAAAUAAUCACAUAAUAAAUCAUGUAAUAGCUUUAAAUUGUUUUUCAUAUUAUUUUAUUUUGAUAGUUUUAAAAUAAUUAUUUUCUAAUUAAUGAAUUUUUAAAUAAUGAUUUUGGUUUAAAAUAAUUAAUGAUAUUUAUGAUGGUUAAAUUAAUUUCGUUAUCUAACUUAAAUCACUCAAUAUGUAAGGCUCUUAAAUAAUAUUGAUUUGUUUAUAAUCUAUAUUUCGGUGCUAAGGAUUCAUUAAAUAAACCUUCCUCUAUUUUAUUCAUGAUAUUACGAUUUUUAAUUCUUUGCUUACAUUUUUUAAAAUAUUUGCAUUUAAAAUGUAUAUAUUUUGAUAUUAUUUUUAAACAAUUCGCUAGAAGACUACAUAAAAUAAAUUUAUUUAUGCGAAUAAUGCGUUAUAUCAUUUGUAUUUAUUAUAUAGUGAUUAUAUUAUUUUUUUAAAUUUAUAUUGUAUCAUUUGUAAAAUUGUUACCAUUUAAAUUUAGCAACAUUUUGUAAAAUAAUGAAAAUUAUCAUUCAUGUUUAUUUUUAUUUUAUAAAAUUUUAAUGCUUAUACAAUAUCCUGAUAAUAUUUAAAGAAUAUUUUUGGUUUAUUAUAAUGUAAAGACCACUUUUAUGUAAAUUAUUUUUUGUAAUAUACAUUGUUAGUCAGUCUAUAUUAUAUGACUAAUAUUCAUAUUUAGCUUCAAUUUUUAUUUUUAACGCCUUAGGUAAGAAUAUUUAUAAUAUUUCUUUCUAUUAUAUAUUGUAAAUUUUUACCCAUAUUUUUUGUAUUAGAAUAUAAUGAUUUAUUCGUGAUGAUUUUUAUUAAUAAAAUAUUUUCAAAAAUAAGUUAUUGUAACUUCCAGACGAUAUGAAUUAUUUUUAACAAUAUUAUUGUGCUGUAAACGUUACUACAAAAAAGAAGCGCGUUACCGACCGUUACUUAAAAAAAUUAAAUAUAUACAAAAAUAAUAUUUAUUUUUUUCCUACAAUAUAUAAUAAGAUAAAACUAUACAAAAAGAAUAUAUAAGAUCGUUUUAUAAAAAAAUAUUCAUAUAUUUAAUUAUAAUAUAAAUAAAAUUAUGCAAAAAUAAUAUAUUAUAAGAUAACAUCUUUAUGUAACAAUUUUUUAUUUAUUUUUAGCAACAAUUGAUUUCAAAAUUUUGAUCAGACAAACAAGAGCGCUUAGUGCUCAACACAGCUGGUUAAAAAAUGGGAUGUUAUAUAUAGUAUUUGAACAAUAAAAAAAUCUAUAAUGAAA